ACACGUACACACCGACCUACGGAGAGCAAAAGUGAUGCUGCCCGGCGCGGCACCGCAUCCUCUUUGCUAGGUGGGUGGUGCGGGCGGUGAGGUUCUAGCGCACCGCAUGGCGCUUGGUGCACGCUUGCGUCCCACACCACACACUCACACAGCGUCACCGUGCCGAAAGGACUGGAGGAGGCAAGUGCAGUGAUUCAACAAAACCCACGGCCAGCGAGACAGAGAGAGAGAGAGAGAGAGAGAGAGAGGGAGAGAGAGAGAGGAAGAAACAGUAAAAAAAAGCAAAGCGAAGCGGCCCCAGCGCCCCGCACUCUGCCGGCCUCUGAUUACAUAAAUAAACAUGGUGGUGGCCACGGCUUGGCACGGCAAUAUAAGCAAACGGUGUUGGACCAUGCGCUCGCCCGGUGGGGCCGAAAUCUUGUGAAGGAAAUCUCCAAUUCUACGUCAACGCGGUACGCGUGGUGCACGAGAGACAAACCAGACUGUGUGUGAGCGAGAAAGAGAGAAAAGAGAGAGAGAGAAAGAGAGAGAGAGAGAGAGAGAGAGAGAGCGAGAGAGAAGAUUUCGCAUCAACGCGAGAUUAACGCGACGCGAGAGCAGCAUCAAAAGCAGCAAAAGGAGGUGCGAAAACCCCUCUGGCGAGAGGAGAGUGCGGUUUAUAUUUCUGUUUCCUUCCUUCCUUGCUCUGUGUCACGGAUGUCACAGUAGGCUAGCUACUAAGCGGCAACGGGCACACACAACUCUAGCACGGUACGCGGUACCCGUGGGACCAGAGAGUGAGUGCGAAAAAGUGUCAUCAAGGCUGCUUGUGUUUUGCUCCUCUGAUUGUGCUGGCCAUUGGCCUCUCGCCAACCUCCGCACACACCGUCCGCGCAAAACGUCCGUUCGGUUAUCAGUGAAGCAGCCCGAGCAGCCGAGAGUGUCGCGAGCGCCGAUGGAGGCGGCCGCGUGCUAGAACCGCCGCUCAGGUGCUGUGUGCCAGUGUUUUCAGCAGCGUGUGUGCGCGCGCGCUCGUGUGUGUGUGUAUCUGUGUGUGCGUUGACCAGCAGGACAUUAGACCGGUCGGACCAGCAGGCGCUAGAGUACGUUGCAGUCACGCGUUGAACGCGUACGGAAGCGUUUGGGAUAAAGUCGCUGACAGUUCGCCGGGCUCGACGGAGUGAUUGUGUGCGUCUGUGUGUGUGUGUGUGUGUGUUUGUACACGGCGCGUUCGCUCCGGGUGGUUUUCGCUGACCAAAACACUUAACACUUCCCCCCCCCCGCACGAGCUUCGCACAGCGCACGGUGGAGCCGACGACGCCGACGGUCGAACCGGUGGCGAUGGCCCCGGACACGGUGCCGGCCGUGCCGGCUGCCGAGGUGCAGCCGGACGGCGGGUCGCCGGCCAGCGAGUCGCCGGCCACGCUGCUCACCCAGGUGCAGCGGAUGCUGACGCCGCCGGCCGACCUGCUCGAAUGGAAGGACAUGCCGCAGCACCUGCAGUUCAACCCGUACGUGCUGACCGGCUACCGGCCGCUGCAGGGCGUCAAGGGGUGCCUCAGCAGCCUGUUCUACGUGCACAACGAAACCAUCAAUAUUCUCACACACGGCAUUCCAAUUGUCUACAUCCUCGCAACAGUGCCGGCAAUGAUGCCAUGGGAGAAAGACUAUCGCUUUCUGUCGUGGUGUCAUCUGGUCGGUUCCGUUGCACCGUGGUGCGGCAGCUUCGUCUACCAUCUGUUCAUGAACCUGGAGAACGGCGAGGGCAUCUACUAUCGGCUGCUGCAGCUCGACAUGCUCGGCAUCUGGAUCAGCCAAAGUUUCGGAGCGCUACCGAUGGUAACGGCAACGGUGUACUGUUUAAACUUUCCCUUAAAAUGGUUGCUCAUCAUUUCCUACUCGCUGCUGUGCAUUUGGGGCCUGUUCAAGGCAAUGACGGCUUCCUCGCCCUGGCAGCGACGGUUAUGCUUUCUGCUGCCGUUCAGCAUGCGCAUCAUACUCACGCUGCUGCGGAUCUCGAAGCUCGGCGGCGGAAAUCCUACCUCACUCACCCACGUCUUUCUGCAGGACGCCGUGUCAGCCGUGGGUGGAAUAAUUGGAGCGAUGCAUAUCCCCGAGAAAUGGUUUCCCGGAAGUGUUGACAUCUAUUUGAACUCGCAUAACAUCAUGCACGUCCUGGUGGUCGUCGCCGUCUACUCCAUGCACCAGGCGACCAUACGGGACAUCGAGUGGAUGCAGCGGGCAGAAUGUAAUGGGCUUAACUAUACCUCAACGCUGAACAUAGACUCGAUCAACGGGUCCCACCUGGAGCUAUGACUUGUGCCAGCAGGAGUAGCAGCAGCAGUAGCAGCAGCAGCAGCAGCAGCAGCAGCAUCUACAGCAACAGUAGCCUGCCGCAGUGGGCGUCACUGGUGCAGCCUGCCGGACAUCACGUGCCCGGCCCGUCGUCAAUUUGGUGUUUGCGAAGCGUCGCACCGCCCGCAAAUCGGUACACGAUACGUUUGAGGGUGCCCUUGAGGAAGCGGCAUCUGCGAUAAGCUAAUUAGAACCUGCCCGUUCGUUCAGCAUAACCUGCAAAACAGCAACGGGGAAAAGGAUCGGGGUUCGGGGCAGGCUCAGUGCGCAGACCUGCCCGACGUUGGGCUAAUGGAAUUAAGGGCGACGAAACGUUGGGGCCAGAUCAAUCGGGCACCUGACGUUAAGACAUUACAACACACAAUACGUGCGACACUCAUUCAGGCUUCCUCAAAGUACACCUACACUCACAUACACACACUUAGAUACGUAUUUUUCUUGACACACUUCUACGUCAGCCAGAAAGGGCGGAAAGCGAGCAACAGCCUAAACCAAAAGAAAAAAAAAAACGAAAAAGAAAAGAAAAACAACCUAAGAAAGCUAGCUUAAACAUUCUACUCCCCAAGCACUCAUGUAAGCUUGCCAAUGCCAAUGCUGGUGCAGUAACGGUACCAAAA